CACUUGACAGAGGCCUGUCGCUACCUAUUUGCGCCAACCUCUGCAGCCAUGAGCGAAGCCGCUGCUGCAAGUAAGCAAACAGGUCGAGGCAAUGACGGAGGAACUUUGGCCUCGCAACCGGACGCCCGUUGCUGCUGCAGCCGGCAGCAUCGCGCCGCUAGCGCGGUGCUGCUUGCAACUGUGCGCCGCCAGCAAAUGGCAGCGCAGCAGCGAUGCGACGGGGCUGCCGCGUCCUCGGAGCGGCCAAAAGCCGGCUACUGCGGCUGCUGCGGUGCGGCUGCCUGCUGCGGCUACUGCCGCGAGGAUGGUGACAUACGGGUGCUGCUGCUACAGCGCCAGCCACUGCACGCCUCGGCAGCAACAGCAACAGUUGCGACGGCUGGCGGAGGCGGCCCUGAUUACGGCGUUGGCAGCAGCAGCAGUAGCAGCAGCAGCAGUAGCAGCACCAGUAGGAGCUGUGCGCUGUGUGUGGUUGCGCGCGGAGUGCUGCUGGGCGAGGAGUGGGUGGAGCAGCUGGGGGUGAGACAGCUGGCGGCGCUGGCGGCUGGGCUGCGUGCAGCCAUUGGCUGGCCACCCUCCGCGUCGGCCUCGGCCGCACCAGCACCCGCAGACACAGCACUAGCAGCAGCGGCAGUGGCAGUGAUGGCAGAGGCAGUGGCAGAGGCAGUGGCAGUAGCGGGGCCAGAAGGCGGCGUGGAAAGCAGUAGUGGUGGAGCAGGAGGCAGUGAGCAUGAGGUUCGCCCUGCCUCGGGCAAGGACGGCAGCAGCGGCAGGUGCAGCAGCAACGGCGGUCACAGCAUCGACAUCGACACCGAGAUCGUCAUUGGCAGUAAUGGCAGCGGCGCGAGCGUGUGGGCGGAGGCGACCCGUGGCCGGCCGCAGACAGCGCUGCUUCGCCUGUACGGCCUCGCCAGCCGCCACCACAUCCGCAAUAGCAGUGGCAGCGGCAACGGUGGCAGUAGCAGCGGCAGUAGCACCGGCGGCGGCGGCCAUCAUGCUAUAGCCACUGCAGCCUCGCCAUCCGCUGACGGCUGCUGCUACAGCUGCUGCCUGGCGGCCAAGAAGCUGCUGCUGGCGGCGGCGGAUGUGAGCCGCCUGGCGCCGGGUGCUGUGCGGGCCGAGCUGGGCGUGUGUGCCACCCCGCAGUCGCCCGCCCAGCAGUCCCAGGGCCCGCCGGCUGCGGCGGCUGGGCCUACCCGCACCGCCUCCGCACGUACUGAUGGUAGCGGCGAUGGCGAUGGCGGUGGUGGUGGUGCUGGCGGCGGCGCUGGGCGAGGUGGGAGCUUGAGUGGCCAGCAGCGUUCGAGCCGCUCUCAGACGUCAGUGGCAGAGGCCAUCACACGCGGCCUGGUUGCGGAGGUGCGACACCUGCUGGCCGCGUGUCCGCGCCGCCUGGUGCCGCGCCUGGGCACCGACGGCAGGGCAAUCGUCAAGUACGACCCAGACGGCGUUGCAGCCGCCGAUCCUUGCGGCACACCGCCGCCCACGCCGGCGCCCGCGGCCCGCGCCGGCCCGCCGCCACCGCUACAACCGCAGUCACCGGUAACAGCAGAUGUUGCCUUGACGGUGGCGGCGGCGGCGCUGCAUGCGCUGGCGGCGCUGUGCCGCUGCAGCCGCGCCGCCGCCCGCCACGCCUACCUGGCGGGGGUGCUGGACGAGCUGCUGGCGGACGAGGCGGCGGCGCGGCGGCUACUGGCGCCGCCGCAAACAGCCGCGGCGGCGGCGGCGGUUGGAUGGCCAGUUGGCGGGGGUGGCGGAGGUGGUGGCGUGCCGGGUGCUGCUGCUGCUGCUGCCGCCGCCGCCGCCAAGCGGCUGGAGGCGCUGCGGGCGGCUGUGGUCGAGCUGUACCUGGCACUGGCCGGCAGCUGCGGGUCUGCAGCCGAGGACAUCGUGAGCGGCAGCGACGUGCGCGGCCUCGUCGCCCUGCUGUGCAGCGCCCCGCGUGAAGGCAUACCGGCGGCCCUGCGACUGCGUGCCGCGCAAAGACUGGCCGUGCUGGCUGACUCGCCCUCCGCCUGUGGCCCCGACGACUUCGCCCACCAGCUGUGCCGCCAAGGCGGCGGCAGCGGCUCCAGUGCGCGGGACGCGCCCGGCCCGAUCGCCAGCGGCGCCAGCAGCAGCGGUUCAUGGUGCAGUCCCGGGCCCCUGGAGGUCGCGCUUGAGUGGAUGGCAGGUGAAGACAGCUGCUGCGACGGCGGCCCGGUCGGCCCCGAGGCGGUUGCGGCUGGGGCGCGGCUGCUUACUGCCUGCAUUGACCGGGCACGUCGUAUGGGCUGGGUGGUGGCACUGCCGGUGCCGGCGCCGCCACCUGGUUUCGGAAGAGUAGCCGCAGCGGCAGCACUGGCGGCGCGAGCGCCGCCACUGGCGGUGCGCCUGGUGCUGGGCCUUAAGGGUAGCGUCUUCGAGGCGUGGGGAGCGGCCGUUGCCGCAGCAGCGGCCGACGGCACACGAGCUGCGCUGGGCCCGGCGGCGCUGUCGGGCUGCUGGCUGGAUGCACUGCUGCUGGCGGCGCGUAUCGCAGAGCGGCCCGCUGCUUCGGCGAAGCCUUGGGCUUCGGACGAGGGGGCAGCAGCCGGGCAGGUGGUUGACGUCUUGCUGCAGCGCACACGGCGGCUGGCAGCGGUAGGCGGUGAUGCAGCGGCACCAGCGGUCGCGACCGCGCCGCCCGACAUGGGCGGUCACGCGAGCAUCAGGAGCAACGGCGCGCCAGGCACACCGUCACGCACCGCGGAAACAAGAAGCAACCCUGCCGACACCAUUGGCAGCCGAGCCGCAAGCGGCGGCUACGGCGGCAGCAUGCGUGACCGGGAUGCCAGCAACGCGGCGGGGCCACACAUAGCCGCCCUCGCCCCAUCGCCAGCGCGCGCACCAUCCGCGCAGCUGCUGUCAAGCAAGGCGAUAUCAUCAGCCCCUGCGGGCGGACAGGAGCCCGAUCAGGACCAGUACGAUGAGGACGGGCUGCGUGUGGUGUGGGACUCGGGUCCGGCGCCGGGGCUGGCGGCGGCACGGUCGGCCUGGGCGGCGCGACCUCUGCGGGAGCGGCUGACCUGGAGCCAGACCAGCACGGAGCUAUUUGUAAACAUUGUAUUACCCCAAGCAGGCACGCGGCGCGCAGAGGUGUCACUUACCAUCACGCCUACGCGCUUGACGCUGCGUCUAGGCUGGUGCGGCCGCGUGGUGGAUGGGCCCCUACACCGCAAGGUGGCUCCCAGCGACUGCAUCUGGACUUUGGAGGGCCACACCCUGCAGGUGCUGCUAGCCAAGGCGGAGGCGGGCCACUGGUGGCGCGCACUGUUUGAGGGCGGCGAGGAGAAGGGACUGUACCAGGUGCUGAGUGAGGCGGUGGAGGCGGAUGAGCCGCUGGUGCCGGUGGAGGCCAUGGACGAGGGCGGCCGACUGCUGCUGGAGGAGCUGAUAGAGCGGCAGGAGAUGAUUGCGGACGGCUCGUUCGACCUGGAGAACUCGUUUGAUGACUUCCGCCUGGUGGUGGGCGACAACACGCUAUGAGCCUGUGAGGGUGUCACUGGCGUACGAGUGCAGAAGGAAACUGGGGGAGUGUGUGCUGCGCAGGCGGGGGCUCUUGCUUCAUCGGAGGGGGGUGGCGUUUGCAGGUGGUCGACGAGGUCGGACAGAGAUGUGAGCCGGUGGGCUGGUACAGGCCGCUGGCCUAGGGCCGUGGGGGAGAAGCAACUAUGUUUUUUUGGAUCGCGGGGCCUGGCACCCUGGCGGAGCCGUGGGAGUACUCGCCCCCGC